AUGGCCACCAACCGGGAGCAGCAGGUGGGUCACAUGACCAGCUUCCCACCUGCUGUAUACCCCUUCGCCUUCAACUCCAUGAGAAGCUCGCACUUUGACCUACUCGCCAACAGCAGCCUGUUUGGGCGCUUCGGUGCUGACCUGCCCAAAGAAAUGGCUGCUCUCUCGGUGGAGACACAGAGCACCAGCUCAGAGGAGAUGGUCCCCAGCUCCCCAUCUCCACCUCCUCCACCUCGUGUCUACAAGCCCUGCUUUGUGUGCCAGGACAAGUCCUCAGGGUAUCACUACGGGGUCAGCUCCUGUGAGGGCUGCAAGGGUUUUUUUCGUCGCAGUAUCCAGAAGAACAUGGUAUACACAUGCCACAGAGACAAAAACUGUCAGAUAAACAAAGUCACACGCAACCGCUGCCAGUACUGCCGUCUGCAAAAAUGUUUUGAAGUUGGCAUGUCCAAGGAAGCGGUGCGUAAUGACAGAAACAAAAAGAAGAAAGAAGUGAAGGAGGAGGUGGUGCUUCCAGAGAGCUAUGAACUCAGUGGUGAACUAGAAGAGCUGGUCAAUAAAGUGAGCAAGGCGCACCAAGAAACUUUCCCGUCUCUCUGCCAGCUUGGCAAAUACACCACGAACUCAAGCUCAGAUCACAGAGUGCAGCUCGACUUGGGGCUUUGGGACAAGUUCAGUGAGCUUUCAACUAAAUGCAUCAUCAAGAUUGUGGAGUUUGCCAAGAGAUUGCCUGGAUUCACCACUCUCACCAUCGCAGACCAGAUUACUCUGCUCAAGUCGGCCUGCUUGGAUAUUCUGAUGCUGAGAAUCUGCACACGUUACACUCCAGAACAGGACACUAUGACGUUCUCUGACGGGCUGACUCUAAACAGAACUCAGAUGCACAAUGCUGGCUUUGGACCACUCACAGACCUGGUGUUUGCCUUUGCCGGUCAGCUUCUGCCUCUGGAGAUGGACGACACAGAAACUGGCCUCCUUAGUGCCAUCUGCCUCAUUUGUGGAGAUCGUAUGGACCUGGAAGAGCCUGAGAAAGUGGACAAGCUUCAGGAGCCUUUGCUGGAGGCACUGAAAAUCUAUGCCAGACGAAGACGCCCCAACAAGCCUCACAUGUUCCCCCGAAUGCUCAUGAAAAUCACAGAUCUUCGGGGAAUCAGCACCAAAGGUGCAGAAAGAGCCAUCACGCUGAAGAUGGAGAUCCCAGGGCCAAUGCCUCCAUUAAUCAGGGAGAUGCUGGAGAAUCCAGAGGCCUUUGAGGACCAAACUGAGAGCAACGACAGCCCCCCUCCUCCCCCUCCACCACCUCCUCCGCCUCCAACGGUGGUGGUCAAACAGGAAGCUGAGGAUGAGGAGGAUAGCUGGGCUACGGAGAACGGCAGUGAGCCAUCUCCAGAAGAGGAAGAAGAGGAUGACGAUGAUGAUGUGGGGGAUGACGAGCGGGAUAGGUGUUCGGACAGUGAUGGAGAAUCCUGGGGACCAUUGGAGCCCUUAGAUGGCUCACGGAAAGGCCUUGGUGCGAGGGCACAGUAA